GCACGAGCCACAAAUGGGUUGCCAUAGCAACAGGACCCUAACGUAACGUCCGUUCAUUUAAAAACCCUUCAGGUGCUGCUGUCGUCCCGUUAAGGGAUCCGACGUUAUUUGCUAACUUAAAGAAAUUAUCGUUAUUCGCAUUAAAACGCAGGUGGCUGAAUAAAAACAAGUAAGGGUUUCUUUUAUAAAAAGAAGAUGGAGUUUGAGACGACUGAGACGGCACGCUCGACAUCGAGUCGCCAUGAGAAAAGUUUGGGGCUUCUCACUAUUAAGUUUGUUAGCCUGCUCCAAGAAGCCAAGGACGGCGUCCUUGAUUUGAAAGUGGCUGCAGACAGCUUGGCAGUGAAGCAGAAGAGGAGGAUAUAUGAUAUCACCAAUGUACUGGAAGGGGUGGGGCUAAUUGAGAAGAAAAACAAGAAUGUAAUCCAGUGGAGGGGUGAGAACAUAGCCAGCCAAACUGGGGAGGCUUUGGAGCAGGUAAAUGUCUUAAAGGCCCAAAUUGCUGAGCUGGAAGCCCAAGAGAAAGAGCUGGACAACCAGAAGGCCUGGCUGGAGGAAAACAUCAAACACUUGAACCAUGAUCCCAUUGUCAACACAUAUAAAUUUGUGACGCAUGAAGACAUCUGCAGCGCUUUUAGUGGAGAAACCCUUCUAGCUGUUGUGGCUCCUGCUGGGACUCAGCUGGAGGUGCCACUGCCAGAAAUGGGUCAGAGUGGUCAAAAGAAGUACCAGGUGAACCUGCGCAGCCACUCUGCUCCCAUUCAGGUCAUGCUUAUCAACAGAGAUUCAGAUUCCAGAGUGCCUGUGGUCUUCUCUGUACCUCCCACUGAUGACAUCUGUCAGAUGCCAACUCCACCCAGCACCCCCGCGAGCCUGCAGAGAUUCCCUCUUUCAGUUUCCACUUCCAACACCAACACCACCUCCUGCUGCAGCCAGGAGUCUUUCUGCUCAGACCACCAGAUGGUGCUGCCAGAACAUGAAGAUGUGCUGACUCCGUCGGCCACCCCUCCUGACGUGCAGAUGGUCUAUCACGGUCGACCAGUGAUGGGGUUGGAGCAGCAGGAGAUGGACCUGGUGGACCAGGAGUUCCAGUCUGUUCUGGAUGUGAGCAGCCUACUGAAGCUCAGUGCCACUGGAGACCACAUGAAGGAUAACCGAGAGGGAGCUGUUGACCUGAUUGAUGAACUCAUGUCCACUGAUGGUAUAGACUACAGCUUCAACCUGGAUGACAACGAGGGAGUGUGUGACCUGUUUGAUGUGCAGAUCCUGAAUUACUGAUGUCUGACGGUGACUCUGAUGCACACUCUUACAAUCUUGAGAAGCACUUUCUGCCUCUUAAAAACUGUAAAGAUUUGUCCUAUUUUGUUAAAAUUUCAAAGAUGAUACUUUGAUAUACCACUGUCAUCUUACAAAAACAAAAAACAAAGACUUCACUGAUGUGCACCUCACAGCUAAACAUAUCCAGACUCUGUCCAGCAAAAACAAGUGCCUGAUUUAAUGAACCAUAAGGUAUUUAUAAAGCCAUGAGCCACGAGGUCUCAAGUAAACAGAGAAAUCCUUCACAUUCCUCACAUUCCUGCUGCACUUUUGUGUCUCUGUAUUUUUCCACAUCCAGCGGAAAGCUUGAGUUGUUGAUAACUGUUUUCCUUUGCACAGCUUAUCCACUUUUGGGACUGUAACAGUGUUGUAGAUAAGUUGAACUUUGCAAUAACAUUUCAGUAUUUGCUUCUUUGAUGAUCCGGUUCAGGAGAUGUAAGCUUUGUCUUCAUGCAGUACGUCUUCAUCUAUUCAAUUUCCCAGUUAAAUUUCAACCACCGUUUUGUAUUUAUUGAAUUAAUGUUUUGGCUACAUUUUGUUUACAUUGUUUUUGUGAAAAUGUCAGAAAGUUUUCUUUUCUAAAUUAUUGUGAUACUGCCAUUUUAGGCCUCAGUUUAUCCUAUCAUUAGUUAAAUAAUUGAAUAUUUUUACUUAUUUAAUUAAAAAAAAAAAAAGUAGUUUAGGUUUGAAACUGAAGUUAGUUGACUGCCUUAAUCAUAAUUUAAUUUAAUUUGUUGCACUUUUGUUCUAAAUAUAGUACAAUUGCAGAGUUGUUUUUUUGUAUACUUCCUUUUUUAUUGUAAGAAAUAUUGUUUAUGUUCUCAAUAAAUCAGUUAAAUGAGCACA